AUAAUGUCUCGCCACCACCACACGCCCCUGCCUCUCCUAUAAAUCCCUCCCAUUUCUCAUCACCACCACACGCCCCAUCCUCUCUCUCUCUCUCUCUCUCUCUCUCUCUCUCUAUCUAGACCAGCAACAAUGGCCCUCAGAGCUGCUCCGGCUUUCUCCAUCUUGAACCCCAAGGGGGUCAGUAACAGCCUCCUGAGCCCCUUUGGGUCCUCCUCCUCUGCUUCAAAGAGUGCUACUGGACAUGGGUUGGUGGUUUUCGCGACCAAGGGCGCUGCGAACAGCAAGCCGCUGACGGGGGUCGUGUUCGAGCCCUUUGAAGAGCUGAAGAAGGAGCUCAUGCUCGUGCCUACUCUCCCUCAGGCCUCUCUCGCUCGCCACAAGUACUCCGAUGACUGUGAGGCCGCUAUCAACGAACAGAUCAACGUUGAAUACAAUGUCUCGUAUGUGUACCAUGCCAUGUAUGCAUACUUUGACCGAGACAACGUCGCUCACAAGGGUCUUGCAAAGUUUUUCAAGGAAUCAAGUGAAGAGGAAAGAGAACAUGCUGAGAAGUUCAUGGAGUACCAGAACAAACGAGGUGGGAAAGUGAAGCUGCAAUCGAUUCUGAUGCCACUGUCUGAGUUUGACCAUGCUGAGAAGGGAGAUGCUUUGUAUGCUAUGGAGCUUGCACUGUCUCUGGAGAAGCUGACAAAUGAAAAACUUCUGAACUUGCAUGCUGUAGCGAGCAGGAGCAAUGAUGUGCAAUUGGCUGAUUUUGUUGAAAGUGAAUUCUUGGAGGAACAGGUGGAAGCCAUUAAGAAGAUGUCAGAGUAUGUUGCUCAGCUGAGAAGGGUGGGCAAAGGACAUGGUGUGUGGCACUUCGAUCAGAUGCUUCUCCACGAGGAAGCAUAAGUAGCUGCUUGAUGGUGAAGCUGCUGCUGGUAGUCUUGUUCUCUUUUGUUUGCUGACUUAGAGGAUGUUCUAUGCAGUUUUUUUUUUUUUUUUUUGUGUGUGGGUUUUUUAGGUUUUGAAUUAGAUCUUCGGGUGCAGUUGGUUACAGAAUGUUGUACUGAUGGUAGACUUCUGGGACUAGUUCACUCAUCUAUAUUAGUAUCAGUUGCGGAUGCUCAUGUUUUGAAAAGUAGUUCUUUGUUA